AUGUCGAAAUUAGAUGAUUUAUUUGAUAAAAAGAAAGAUGAAGCGCCCAUGUUGGAUUUAUCUAAAACAACAAUCAACACUGCGGAGGAGUACAGAGCUGUUCUUGACAAAGUCCCGGAGUUUAAAACUAGGCCCGAAAAGGUCAGAGCAGAAGAUAUUAAAAUAAAAGACAAACCAGAAGAUCAGAAAACGAAAACGCCAAAGAAAGAAAUAAGGGCAUAUGAAAAACUUGGAACCCGUGGUUACGAAGAUAAACACUUUACAUUUAUGGAUCCAGUACCGGUGGAAAUGCGGGAAUUGAAGUUUGAAGAGUUGUGUUCCGUGCCGAUCGAGUGGCGAAUGCUCACAUCAAUACGUCCAAAAUCCAAAUUGGACGAAGAAUACUUUAAUAGGCUUAUCGAAUUACGGAAAUCGGAAUUAAAAACCAAGGCUCGAGACAAGAGGGAGUACGCAAAAAACAAUAUGGUGAAAAAAACGAAAAAUCGAUCAGGCGUCACGGAAACAAGAAUUUUGUCUUGUGUAGAGUGCGGCGAAGAGUAUUGUAAUGGUAUGAUGUGUGCCAUCACAAAUUACGACAUGUUUGCGCGUCUGAAGCUGGAGAUUGAGCCAAAAGUGACGCGACACGCGGCGCCCGCGCAGGGCGGGGGAAAGCUACGCAAACUGCGAAGAAAGAUGCGCAGGAAGCAGCGCAGCAAAAGCGCAGCGCCUCCGUUAAUGCGUAAAACCACGAGGAACAAAUCCGGGGCUAAAAGUGACUCUGAACUCUGAAUCUCUGUUAAUGCACAAUUUCAAUAUUUU